UUUGUGGGUGAUAUUACGGUCUGGCGUCAGUCAUCACGUUGUCGCAACUUAACGUUCGUCGUCGCGGACGGCUCAUGGCCGUUCGCUGCCUGCCGCUGGUGAACUAGACGAGCAUCGCUCGCUCCAAUAUGCGCGCCGGAUAAGCCCCUUGAAGCGCGCUCUGAGGGCUUUGUUCGAUCUGUUUCCCUCGAAAAGGACAAGGAAGUCAAUCGGCCCCUGAUUCGCCGACUACGAACUACAAGGCAUCGCAGCAAUGUCCGACCAGGAAGAAGUUGCCAACAGCUCGGGGUACUCGACCCCUGUCCCCGAGCUCGAUGACCAUCGGAACCAGACAGCAUCGGUCCAGCGCCCGGACCGGACUCGCCGGGGCACCUUUGACUCUCUCUACGGAGCUCGCGUGAUGGCUCCAGGCGGUGCUACCAGCGAGCCUCGCGUCCGUGAUUUUGAGGAAGCCGUGGUCGAUGAGGAUGGCGCCGACCAAUCCCCGACUAUGCGACGAGCCCGUCGCCCGACCAUUGAGUCGGCUUCCGAAAGGUCAUCCUCUCCACCCAACUCAGUCAAGGCGUUCGCCGAAGCCCGCAAGCGGGAGCGUGGACUCUCCAUUUCGGAAUCGAAGCCGGAGCGCAAGCCCGAGGAGGCUGAAUUGCAGCGGACUGCGUCGGUCGCCAGCCGCCACAGCUACCGCAGCAGGCAGCACACAGUCGGGACCGUUGAUGCUGCGAGCCUAGCCACGAACAAGUCGGCCGAAGAAGACGUAUGUUUCCCGUUGCAGGAUGAGCAGAGGGGCGAGCAGCUUCACAUCGAUUUCGAUUACCUCGAGAACUUUAUCCGUGCCGAGAACGAGGCGCGCCAAGCUGCCCGUCGUCCCUCCGCGGCGCGCUUGUUUCCCGACCUGAGACAGGAGAACGCGGAUGCGGCAGCUGCGGCCCCAACAAUGACCAUUGACGGCGAUUAUCUGGGCACUCCGUUUUCUUCUAACGAGGGUUAUGCGGAGAAAGCCGACAGACUGGAGGCGGAGGAACAGGCCAAGGUCGUGCAGCCACCCCCAGUGGACCACAAUCGGGUCAGUUUCUUCUCCUCAGCCUGGGAGUCCACUAUCCAUGCCGCCGACCUCGAGGGUCUCAUCUUGCCGGGCGAGGAUAUCCGUGGACUCUUCACCUUCCCAAAGGGAGAAACGGAUGGUGUGUGGUGGCUCAACAUCAACAAGCCGUCCGAGGAGGAAGUUCGCGCGAUUUGUCGAGCCUUUGGCGUUCACCCUCUGACAGUUGAAGACAUCACGACGCAAGAAUCGCGCGAGAAGAUCGAACUCUUCCCCUCGUACUACUUUGCGUGUUUCCGGUCGUUCUGCAUUGAACGCGACGAGGACAGUGGGGAGAUUGAGUUUGUGCCUUUCAACAUCUACGUGGUCGUCUUCCGCGAGGGCACGCUGAGUUUCAGUUACGCCAACAAUUCACAUGCCUCCCAUGUGCGGAAGAGGAUUGCCAUGUUGAAAGAUUAUGUCGCACUCAGCAGCGAUUGGAUCUGCUAUGCUCUCAUCGACGACAUCGUGGAUUCAUUUGCGCCCGUGAUCGGCAAGCUCGAGGCUGAUACUGACCAGAUCGAGGACGAGGUUUUCAUUGCCCGGACGGACGACAUGGCCAAGUUCCUGCGUAAAAUCGGCACCGCCCGCAAGCAUACCAUGGCCUUGAUGCGGCUGCUAGGCGGCAAGGCGGACGUUCUAAGGGGCUUCACCAAGCGCUGCAACGAGAACUACAAGGUCACGCCACGCAUGGACAUCGGCCUGUAUCUUGGUGACAUCCAGGAUCACGUGGUCACCAUGAUGAACAAUCUCGCCCACUUCGAAAAGAUGAUGUCGCGCGCCCAUAGCAACUACCUUGCGCAGAUUUCCAUCGACGGCAUCACGCAGGGCACCAACACCAACAGAGUCCUGAGCAAGAUUACGCUGCUUGCAUCUAUCAUCGUCCCGCUCAACGUGGUAACAGGUCUUUUUGGGAUGAACGUGCAGGUCCCAUGGCAUGAUUCAGACUCUUUGGCUCCCUUCUUCGGCAUCCUCGGUUGUCUUCUUGCCUUUUGUGCUUUCUGCACAUACCUCGCUUACCGGAUGGAAAACAAAUGGUUCUCGCGUUAGCUAGGAUACUUUGUCACGAUGAAGACCAUAGAAUGGGAAGAUAGAGUGCCAAUGCCAUCAGCUGCUACGUUUCGGAGGGAAUGCUGUCAUGUUAACGCUGUUCCUGUGGCUCCAUCUAACCUUGGGGUAUCACCUUAUCUUGUAAAGGGCUUUCUCAGCAAUGUCCAGGGGCCAUCAGAGCCACGAAUGAUUAUCCAUCAGCGCAUUUGUGAUAGCUUCAGUGCCCUGGCAGUUUUA